AUGUCUGAUUUACAAAAUAAAUUCCAUACAUUAUUACCACAAUUAAACUUCGAUCCUGUCGAUAUAGAUGUCGCCUGUAAAGGGAAACUAGACCGGUUCACAUUCGGUAAUACUACUGCUACACCUACUGUAACCACCAUCCAUCAAACACCUCCUUCUCCUCCUUUAUCCGCUGGCGGUUCUCCUCGCUCUUCUAAACAAGACCUUAUGAUUCCAAUGAUGUUGAAACCUACUCAACAACAAGCGGUUAAUCACUACAUGCCCCCAUCUCCUACUGCUACACCCGCUCACAACGUACCAACUGCUAUCAGUACGAAGCGUCGUCGUCGCCAUGUUUGCAAGACCUGUACAAUGGCCUUCACAACAGCAGGCCAUUUAUCAAGACAUAACAGAAUUCACACGGGCGAGAAGAAUCAUACCUGUCCACAUGAUGGAUGUGGCCAGAAGUUUAGCAGACACGACAAUUGUAUUCAGCAUUAUAGAACACAUCUAAGAAAGAAGUCUCGUAAGUGA